CGAAAUUUUUUAUUGAACUAAUUGCAUUGACCAUGAAUUACAUCAUGCAGAUUUUUGGUUUGAUUUUGUUUACCGGAAUAGUUUCAUCAUUGGUAAUCGGACCAUUAUCUGUUACACAUACAACAGUGAUCGGUUUCUUGGCAUCUGAAUUACAGUCCACGACGGGACUCAAGUUAACGACCAUUUUGGAGACUACAACUCUAACAGAUGAAAAUGAUGAUGACGAUUGUAACUGCACACCUUAUCAUCAGUGCAAAACUUAUAAAGCGGCUCCUGAUGGUAACGAGCUUAUAGAUGUAAGAAUUAACGUAGCUCCAUGUCAAAGUUAUUUUGACGUUUGUUGCAAUGAUACAAAAAUCACUUCAACCGAAAAGUAUCAGUUAAAUAAUCCAGAUGAUACUACAAGUAGUAACUGUAAUUGUGUUAGUCCUGAAGAUUAUAGCAAAGAACCGAUUAUUGACCAAAUAGAUGUUACUAAAAAGCCGUCGUAUGGUUCAAAUGAAGAUUAUACUAAGAAGCCAUUUGAUGAGCAUACAGAAGGUUAUACAAAAGAACCACAUGUUAGCAAUAAUGAAGACUACACUAAAAAGCCAUACGAUGGCCAAACAGAUGAGCACACUAAAAAACCAUAUGAUGGCCAUACAGGAGAUUAUACUAAAGAACCAUACGAUGGCAAAACAGAUGAAUAUACUAAAAAGCCUUAUGAUGGCCAAACAGAUGAGCACACUAAAAAACCUUACGAUGGCCAAACAGAUGAGCAUACUAAAAAACCUUACGAUAGCCAAACGGAAGAUUACACAAAAAACCCACAUGACGGCCAAAAAGAUGAGUAUACUAAAAAACCUUACGAUGGCCAAACAGAAGAUUACACAAAAAAUCCACAUGACGGCCAAUCAGGGUAUUUCACUAAGGAACCAUCUGUACAUGAGGUGACAGAAAAAUCGAUUACUCCUGAAUAUAUUGUUUCAACUGAAUCUGAUAAAACCUCUAAUGAUCAUCACGAAAAACAUAAAUGUGGUACUUGGAAUAAAUAUGGAGCUGGUUUUAGAAUUGGAAAUGCAGUUGAUGGUGAAUCACAGUUUGGCGAAUUUCCUUCAAUGAUAGCUAUAUUUAAAGAAGAAUUAUCAAAAGACGGCGAAAAAAAUCUCGUAUUGAAUUGUGGGGGUUCGUUAAUCGAAAAAGACGUAAUUUUAACAGCCGCUCAUUGCGUGAUAAAGAAAGAUAUUUCAACUUUGGUCGUUCGUGCAGGUGAAUGGGAUUUAAAAACAGAAAAAGAAUUACUUAGUCACCAAGAUCGUAGAGUAUCAAAAAUCGUUACUCAUCCUGAUUACUACGCAGGAGGACUUUAUAAUGACGUGGCUUUAAUAUUUGUCGAAAAUCCAUUUUCUUUGCAAGAUAAUAUCCAACUUAUAUGCUUACCUUCGACAAAUGAUAUUUUUAUAAAUGAUAUGUGUUACUCGAGUGGUUGGGGUAAAACUGUUUCUUACAAUAACUAUACUAUUGUUAAGAAAACAGAAUCGGGAAAAACUAAAGAAUUUGGUCAAUAUCAAGUCAGUAUAUUGAAAAAGGUUGAACUUCCGAUUGUUCCUCGAAGUAAAUGCAUGGACAUUCUCAGAACCACUAGACUUGGACCAAAAUUUGUAUUGCACGAUAGUUUUAUAUGCGCCGGUGGUCAAGAAGGGAAAGACACGUGUAAAGGUGAUGGCGGCAGUCCGUUAAUGUGUCCAUACAAAGAUGAUCCAGAUCAUUUAGUUCAAGUUGGUAUUGUAGCUUGGGGUAUUAAUUGCGGUUUAGCAGAUAUACCCGCGGCUUAUGUUAACGUGGCCGGUUUUAUGUACUGGAUUAAAAACGAAAUAGAAAAAAGAGGAUAUUGAACAUUUU